AUGGAAAAUCCGGAAAAAUUUUUCUGCAAAUGGGACACCUGUCGCGCUGAAUUCAGCUCUCAACUCGAUAUGGGGCUUCACGUCCUCACCAAUCAUCUGGAAAUCCUCGAUUAUGGACAUUUUGUGCUCCAGAAGAGCGUCGUCAAGGCUCCAGAAGAGCCGGCGGCGAAGAAGCCGAGAAUCGAGGCUCCAGAGUCUUCUAGAACAUUUUUAGAACCUCGAGAGUCGUUCCCGACGUCUUCUGAACUCCAAUUUCCACGUCUUCAGGAUUCUAGAAAGUGUUCUAGAGUUCUAGAAUUGGAGGAUGAAACUGAAUACGUGGAGAAUUCUGUGGGCGAGAAGACUAAAAUUCCCAGGCAAAUGGAUUCAGAUGAUGCUGUGGCGAUGCCAAUUUUAGAGAAAAUAGUUCCAGUGGAAACUUCGAGAAAAGUUCGUGAAAUCCGUGCGGGGAAAAUGCUGAGAAAUGGGCUGGAAAAAGCUAUAACAAUCACUGGAAACAAGCAAAAUUCACCUGAAAAAACCGGAAAAAUCCAUGGAAAAUCAUCUGAAAUCAGUGAGAAAGGACUGAAAAUUAAUCUAAAAAAUCAGUAA